AUGCCUCUUCCACGACGCCGCUCAUCCUUCCUGGGACAGCCGUCCUCCGAGCGCCCAGCCACCACCUCCUGCGGGAGGAUCGGCUCGGCUAGCACUGCGGCCCCUCGUGGAGUCUUUGUGGGCUCCGCCCCCCCAGUUGGGGGCACCUCCACCCUGGGCACGCGGGUUUCCCGGCGGGCUCUGGGCAUCAGCAGCGUGUUCCUACAGGGAAUGAGAAGCAGCGCAGCCCCGGUCCUGCCACGGUCUGGGGACCGCACAGCGGGUCACGGAGCAGCAGCCGGACUGAACAGCUGCCUGAUGGAGUACAGAGACAAAGUGAGAGCUCUGGAAACACUGAACCAGCAGCUGGAGGAACAAAUACGACUCUGUCUGGACCGUAAGGCGUCCAGCGCCGGAGCCUGGGGACCACUCAGGAGGGAGUGGGAGGACGUCUACAGGCAGGUCAGUGAAGCGAUCCUGGAUAACGCUCGUCUGAUGCUGCAGACGGAGAACGUUCAGGCCAAUGCGGAGGACUUCAAAGACAGGUUCGAGAAUGAGCAGCCGUUUAGGAAGGCGGUGGAGGAAGAGAUCAGCUCUCUGUACAAAGUCAUCGACGACGCCAACCUGACGAAAGCUGAGCUCGAGGAGCAGAUGGAGAACAUGAGAGCUGAGCUACGCAACCUGGAGCACAACCACGAGCAGGAUGUUCGAGUCCUCUACAGUCAGAUGGCUGGACGCGAGGUGGACGAACCCGAUGCUCCCAUAGAGACCAGUCUGGACCAGAUCCUGGACUACAUCAGGAGCCACUGGGAGAAAGUGACGGAGAGGAACCGAGCCGAGACCGACAGCUACCAGCUGGAGUGUAAGGAGGCCCAAUGCAUGAGCAGCAGACUGAGUCCUGAGGAGGAGCAGGUGGAGGCGCUGAAGUCCGAGUGUAACGACACCGGCUGUAAGAUCCAGAGUCUGCAGGCCGAGACCGAGUCCAUCAGAGCGCUGAAACGAGGUCUGGAGAACUCCCUGAGCGACGCCCGGCACUGGCACGACAUGGAGCUGCAGAACCUGGGCUCGGUGGUGGCCAAGCUGGAAGCGGAGCUGGCCGACGUACACGGAGAGAUCGAGCAGCAGCGUCGCGACUACGACACGCUGCUGAACAACAAGCAGCGUCUGGAGCAGGAGAUCGGCAUGUACCACGGCAUCCUGGACGGGGAGGAGAGCCGCUUCCAGCCCAUCGACACGUUGUGUUCAGGUCUGCACUCAGAGCCUGAGGGCGCUGCCAGUGCCUCUGCUGCUCCAGUCUUCAGGACUGACACUUCGGGACCUCCAGGUCCUCAAGGACAGUGAUCCCUUUGGAGGAUCUGAGGAGCAGACUGUAGCCCAGCAGAGACUCUCUGGAUCUUUGUGUUUAUUCAGACAGAUGUGGACUCUGUAAGGUUGAACUGGUCUCUGCCGGAGGAUUUUCUACCUGGUGAUGUGUGCAGGUGUGAAUGAUACGGAGAACCUGCGGCAGGAAGUCCAGAGUGUGAGGCAGUGAUCAACAUGAGGCAGUGGAGUGUUUUUCUGCUGAUAAAACAGCUGAAUGUGACUGUAACGUAUUGGAGAUAACACAAGAGGUCCUCAGGUAAACCCUUUCCCAGGACAGGGCCUCAGAACCAGGCUGUAAGGCGUUCUGGGGUUCCGGAGCAGUGCAGCCCCAGAUCAGACCCAACUAAUCAACUGUUAAAGGAAAAUUGCAGUAUUU